CAUACAAACACAAAUCUUAAACGUCAUAACGUCAUACAAAAAUAGCAUCAAAGAUGAAAGUUAUUUUUAAUAUUUCUUUUAAAAUUGAUUUUUAAACUAUUGAACCACAUUUUAGAAUGAACGAUUUUAGCCUAAAGUUAGGGUAUAACUUUUUGAAGAACAUAUUGCUAUGUUGAUAUAGAAUGUGUCUUUGAAACUAAAUUUACAUAAGUUAUGUUUCUACUAAGGCAAACAUUAAAAUUUUCUCGAAUAGGAAGCAAGGUAAACCUGAGAAGAGUGGAGGCGCGCUGUGCGGCCCACCAUGGUGCACCUCGACAUGACUGGUGCUCAACUAUACGCAAACACACUCGCCAUUAAUGACCUGCCAAAUGAAAUACUUAUUUAUAUUUUUUCCAUGGUUGAUUUUGAAUCACUCUUGGCAGUAGCUAAAGUCUGUGUGAGAUGGCAACAACUCUGCCUGACUCCUUGCGUAUGGGAUAACACACGUCUAAUAGUCUGUAUGAAAAACUAUGUCAAGAUAAGUGAGAACAUUGUGCCUUUUGUUGCUAAGUAUUUGAAGAAUGUUAAACUACAGUAUUUCAAAUUGUAUUCUCAAGUCAGAGCAUCCUUAAUAAGUUACUGUCCAAAUCUAACUCAUUUAGAAAUAAGUAUAUCUCAGGUUGAUAGCUGUAUUUUUGAUGAUCUAGGUAACUGGCCCAAUUUAAAAUUUUUGAGUUUCCGUAACUCACUGAUAGUACAAAAUCCCGAAAACGCAAAUGGAAAUUUUGUUUAUCAUUUACCAUUUGAUAAAUUGAAAUAUCUCGAAACUCUUAUUUUGUCUAAUUUCGCCCUAACCCCAGAUAGUUUGUAUAGUAUGUUGCAGUGCACGCACUUAGUCAGUAUUAGCAUGGAGAAAAUGAAAAAUAUUCCUGCAGAUUUUCUUGAAUCUCUUUUGAGGACUAAACAAUCUACUUUAAGAGCUCUACAUAUUUAUGGUGACACACUUAACGACGACAUCAUACGUUAUAUAUCUAACUGCAAAGUACUGCAAGUACUUCACAUAAUGACAUGCAAAACAUUAUUUGAUUCAAGUUUGCUACACUUGUAUAGGUUAAAAAAUUUGCAUUCAUUGAAGUUGCGACACGGUUACUUUUCGACAUCUGCUCUCCUUGCAUAUUUUUCAAACAACACAUUUCAGAAUCUAACUUACUUAAGUCUCUCGCGGUGUCUGCACAUCACCAUACAGGUAGCCAAAGCUAUAAAAACAAGUGCACCUAAUCUAAAAGAACUGUCAUUUUAUCUUUGCCCAUUUAUUAUUGCUCCUAACUUCAACAGGGCAGAAUUAGAAAAAAUGUUUAAAAUACAGCUGUUGCUUGAUUGAAAUCUUUUCGAAACUGAAGGCAGCAAGUGUAUCCGUCCAACCACCUAUUUAUAUCAAUAAAAAGUACACCACUGUGACAAUGUUAGGGGAUAGCAAUUCUAAAAAUUGCAAAUUAAUGUAACUUCAUCAAAUAUUAUCUAUUGAAAAAAAGCAAUAGUAAUUUAUUUUUAGGUUGUGUUGUGGUGUAUGUAUCAACUAACGAUUUGUUUUAUACAGCAAAA